AUGGGUGAUGGCUAUGACAAUUAUCCUAUAAGGUAUGACCCUUUUUUUGAGAUAUAUAGUCUAAGAAAUAAUUCUUGGAAGAUACUCCACAUCGAUGAUAUGUCUUUGCGCUAUGUAGGUAACACAUUUACUGGUGACGAAUUGUACACGAAUGGUGUAUGUCAUUGGUUGGUUAAUAGUCAACCUGAUAAAAUAGUUCUCUUGUCAUUUGACCUGAGUGAUGAGAUGUUCUUUACAACACCCAUUGGUGAAAUAUCUGAUUUCAAUUAUGGACAUUUGGCAGUGUUAAAUGGAUCAAUUGCUUAUAUCAUAAAUCAUGAUAACAAUGAUAUUUUUCACAUAUCUAUUUUGGGUGAACUCGGUGUGAAAGAAUCAUGGAUCAAACUAUUUAUUUAUGGCCCCGUACCGUCCGUGGACUGGCCCCUAAUUGGAUUUGGGAAGAAGGGAUAUGUUUUCUUUAGGAAAAAAGAUGAUGAGCUAGCCUAUGUUGAUUUGAGCACUCAAAUAAUUGAGGAGCUUGGUCUUAAAGGAGAGGAUUAUUGUUGUAAGAUCGGAAUUUACAAGGAAAGUCUUCUUUCGAUUCGAGGAUCAAGUAACUAG